GUCGAGCCCAGCAGCACUCUCUCUCCACACUGACCCUCCAUUGUGCGCACGCUAACGAUGCCAGCGCUCGCAGCCGCCGCCGCCGCCCAGUAGAGACCUCCCAGCCCGAGGACCGAGCACCGCGACCCCGCUACAAAGUCCGAGAGCGCGCGCCAGAGACUUACGUUCCAGCCCAACGUUGUCUUUUGCGGGAUUUAAUGCUCUAGCUAGUCGCCGACAGGGAGAGAGAGAGAGAGUGUGUGUGUGUGAGAGAGGGAUAGGGACAGCCUUAGAGAGGGAUAAGGAAGAAACGCCGAGGAUAUUUCUCACCCGGACCGUUUUGGAGAUAAAAAAGAGCCGAGGUUCAUCUAGCCAUGGGAUGUACACUGAGCGCAGAGGAAAGAGCGGCUCUGGACAGGAGCAAAGCCAUCGAGAAAAACCUCAAAGAAGACGGAAUCACUGCUGCUAAAGAUGUGAAAUUGCUCCUGCUAGGGGCUGGGGAAUCUGGGAAAAGUACCAUCGUGAAACAGAUGAAGAUUAUCCACGAGGACGGUUUCUCUGGUGAUGAUGUGAAGCAGUACAAGCCUGUGGUCUACAGCAACACCAUCCAGUCUCUGGCUGCUAUCGUGCGUGCCAUGGACACACUGGGGCUGGAGUACGGAGACAAGGAGCGUAAAGCUGAUGCUAAGAUGGUCUGCGAUGUUGUGAGCCGUAUGGAGGAUACCGAGCCCUAUUCUCCGGAGCUGUUGUCCGCCAUGAUCCGCCUGUGGUCUGACUCAGGCAUCCAGGAGUGCUUCAGCCGUGCCCGCGAGUAUCAGCUCAAUGACUCCGCCCAAUAUUACUUAGACAGUUUAGAUCGGAUCGGCGCUGCAGACUACCAGCCCACAGAGCAGGACAUUUUGCGAACCCGAGUGAAGACCACCGGGAUUGUAGAAACCCACUUCACCUUCAAGAACCUGCACUUCAGGCUGUUUGAUGUGGGAGGUCAGAGGUCGGAGAGGAAGAAAUGGAUCCACUGCUUUGAGGACGUGACCGCCAUUAUCUUCUGCGUGGCUCUGAGUGGAUACGACCAGGUGCUCCAUGAAGACGAGACCACGAACCGCAUGCACGAGUCCUUGAAGCUGUUUGACAGCAUCUGCAACAACAAAUGGUUCACAAACACCUCCAUCAUUCUCUUUCUAAACAAGAAGGACAUUUUUGAGGAGAAAAUUAAGAAAUCUCCCUUAAGUAUCUGCUUCCCAGAGUACACAGGUUCAGACAUGUUCAUGGAAGCGGUGGUCUACAUUCAGUCCCAGUACGAGAGUAAGAACAAGUCAGUCGACAAGGAGGUCUACUCGCACAUCACCUGUGCUACAGACACAAACAACAUUCAGUUUGUCUUUGACGCUGUCACCGAUGUCAUCAUCGCUAACAACCUGCGCUUCUGUGGCCUUUACUAAGCCGCAGCGAGGCCCAGCUCCUACACAACCCCAGAAUACAGUGGCAACUGUUGUCAUAUAUGACAUUUUGUCUUCGUGUUAUACUUUUAAAUGUCUCCAGAUGUGUGUCAGGUCAUUUGAUGGCCUUUUAUAAGGUGAGAACUAACUCAAAUCUGGUCCUCACAGAGUUGUUCUUUAAUUUAUGUGCUAAAUUUAAACCAAAGGUCUCAACUCAACUAUUGAUUUUGGUACAUUGUUACAAAUACAGGAAUGUGCUUUGAAUGUCCUUCCUGACACCUUCCUGGUGUGUUAGAGAGAGGUCAGGAGAUAUUUUAAAGUAAAAAUUGGUGCCAAACCUCCACUACUUCCUACUUUUUCCUACUGUAGCUAAGCUUGUAAAGUCAGGCACAUUCUUUUGUCCUUAUUACACAGUAUGAAGAUAAAUAAUUCCAGAUUCAGUGAGGUUAUGUGGCAAUAUUUUAAAAUCAGAUGACUACAUAAGCGGCACUGUAAUGAUGCUCUAUACACAUGCAUUAUUUUCAAAUGAAUGCAUUAUGGGAUAUGAAUAUCUGUGAAUAUUCACAAGCUGGCUCAUAUUACAUGUGUUCUGAGUUGGCAGCAAUCUCAGAGUGUUGAUGAAACACUAGGCUUGACAUUUACUUGGCAUUUAGAAGAGAGUGCAAAUGUCCGAUGCCCUGAGCCAAACCGCAAAAAUGUUAGCCUCAUAGCAUCCUAAAAAACAACUGGACGUGUUACUCUUCAAAAUUGGAUUUUGGACCUUUCAAACCAGACACCCAGGAAAUUCCGAAGAUUCAAAAUCUUCUUACUUUUUAGCUUUUUGCAUUUUGAGACAAAGCUGAUUAUAACUACAAAGAAAGAGAUUUGUACUACAUGCAUAUCAAAUGAAUCUGUAUAUACUGUACAUUAAAGGUUGGGGUCAGUAUUUUUUUUUUUAUAAACACAGCUUUAUCUUUUAUUUGAUCAGAAAAUAUAUUCAUAUUUAUAUUAUAUAUAUAUAUAUAUAAAAAUGUCUAUGUUGAUAUAUUUACUGUUAUAUUCCUGUGAUGGUAAAGCUACAGUACAUUUCAUCAUUGUUCGUACACGUGACAAUUUUGAUGUGCUGAUGUAGUGCUUAAGAAAUAUUGUUUAAUUAUUAUUGUCAAUGUUCAAAACAGUCGGGCAGCAACUUUUAAGGAAACUAUGGCUCAUUUUUGAGAUGAAUAGAAAGCAGUUAUUAAUAGUUAUUAAAAGCAGCAUAACAGCAGUUAUUAGAAAAGGACCUUUACUGAUCAAUUUAAUGCAUCGUUGCUAGAUAGAAGUAUUAUUUGCUUAAAAAAAAGGAUACUGACCCCAAGCUUUUGAAUGGUAGACACGCACACAAGAAUCACAUGCAACAACUGGAGUAAUAUGCUUCAUAUCAGUGUGACUGAAGUAAUAGAAUCACAGAGCUGUCUCUCCACACACUGCAUGCUGUUUUGUUUGUAGUUCAGUCUAUUUUAUACUGUCCUGCUUGAUUGCUGGUCAGAGUAUGAAGUAGUUUUUUGUCAUAUCUAGGGCUGAGGCUGAAUGUAACAGGUACUGAAUGGACCGGGAUGAAAGGACUGGUCUGAUGAGCCGUUGCUUUCUCUAGAAUAGGUAGACACGUGCUUCGCAUUGAAUUUAGACCUUGGCCUGCUUUGAGUCUCUGUGUAUGGGAAAGUACAGAUCCGUAAUUGACAAUAAUUCACAGUGCCAUAUAUGCUUUGGAUGUUUGCUGCUAUAUGUGUACACAGCGCUUCUUAAUAUUCAUCUCUCCAUAGGAUCAGUUUAGUCAAUGUGUGAAUUAUACAGCGACUUUUAGGGAGGUUGACUUUUUAAAAUGAUUUUUGGCUUUCGUUUUUUAAUGUCUGAUGAAAGGUAUUUUUAAUCUUGUGCAACACAAAUUGUAAUUUGACAGCUGAUGCACAGCAUGACUAAAUUAUCUGAAAGACCCUGUGGAGUCUUUCAUAUAAAAAUAUAUAUUUAUUUUAACGAAACUGCUUUAAUCUUUUACUUUGACUGUCUUUGAGAUGUUCAAGCUUUGUAAUAUGUGACCCUUGAACAUAAAACCAGUCAUGAGCAGCAUACAGUAGCAUAUGUUUGUAGCAGUAGCCAAAAAUACAUUAUCAAAAUUAUUGAUUUUUCUUUUAAUGCCAAAAAUAAUUAGGAUACUGUGUCAAAAUAUUGUUUGAUUAGUAAUAUGCAUUGCUAAGAAUUUUUUCAAAUAGUUGCACAUUGGCCAAAUAAUAUCAUAACAACUCAUACACCAAUGGAAAGCUUGUUUGUUUGUUUUACAAGCUUUUAGAUGACGUAUAAAUCUCAUUUUCAGAUACUUUACCAAUAUGGUUUUGUGGAACAGGGUCACAUAUGCACUCUGACAUAAGUAAAAUGUUAAGUAAAAAUACCGUCUGAUGUUUAAACUUACUGUUAAUCUUAAAGAAACACGAAUGAAUUCAGUCGUUCGCUUCAGACAGCCUUUCAUAAACCAAAAGCCACACUAUCUGAAGGUUUCCUUGAUGUAAUACAUGCUGAAUUGUGCCAACUACGAACAGUUAUGUGUUAUUAUACGGCCAGUAUCAGUACUAAGCACCUUUCAGCCAUUGUUCAGGUCCAUUAUUAUUUUGUAUCCAGUUUUUCUACGUUUAGAGAGCAUACGUGUGGCCGCAUGGUGACUUUCAUUCUAGAAGCCAAACAGAGAGUGUAAAGGGAAAGCAGUAUCAUUUUUAGUAAACUCCUUUGACCUUAAUCCCAGUCUGAUGGGCCAUAAAAUUUGGAUUAUGAUUUUAAAGAAUGACGAGUAACGAGACAGCAGGCUAAUGCACGUCAAUUGUUAGCUCAGACACAUGGAUAAUUAGGUCAGUGGCCAAGGUAAAGAAACUCAAGGGUAAUUGAGUCUGUCCGUUGCUGAGGGACAAAGGCCAAUUUGUUCCCUGGCUUGUAGACACAGUCCAAAUAACUGUUGGUGAUGUAUCCAGACUCCUUUCAUCAGACUGACUAAUGUGAUGAGUUCAAGCGGUACGUUUUGCUAAUGUAGCAAAUUUACUUGAAAUGGUACUUAAAUUUAAAAUCGCGAGAUUCAUUAUAGCGGUUAAUUCAUAUCUGAUUCUGAUUAAAUACAGCAGGACCCGGCAGACAUGCUCUCCCCAUCGCACACAUUACUGUAAUCUCACCGUCCAUCACUUUUUGUUUGUUUGUUUUUUUUCAAACUGCUGUAAUUAUUGUUUGUAUGUGUGUCUCACUGCUGUGAUUAUUUAUUGAACAGUGGAUGUCUAUUUAUAUGACAUGAAUGAAUAAAGUACUCGUGAAAUCCGGUGUGGCGUUCAUUUUUGAGUCCCGCAUCUUCUGCAAGUAAACACAGAUUGUAAGUAUAUUAUUUUCUCUGCAUAAUUAGAAUCUUUGGGGUGAAUCAUCACUACUGGAGUGAGCAGAUAUUAAUAAUUUCACCAAACUGUUUCAAAAUCACAUUUCUGAUGUAGGUGGAAACAAUCUUUCUUUCCUGAUUUUUGUGGGCUUCGGCUAUGCUGUAGUUGCUUGUCUUGACUGUUGCUGUACGUAUUUCUCCACUAAACGUUUUUUCUGUCUGCCUCUUUCUCUCUGUCUGUUCUUCUGCUUUCUUUUC